CUCAAACAGAUCCUUGAAGAGACCUUGAACUCUCAUCAGCUCCUACAGAAGAAGCGCACCUGCCAUAGGUGGCUGUCGGGCAGACACAGAGCACUGCUGAAAUCCUGCACAAGAAAUUCUGUGCCCUCAAGAUCUGCGCGGUCCUGAUCCCGGCCCUUCCCUGACAUAAACAUGGCUGGCUGUGAAAACGCUGCUCUGAGGAUCGUUCUGGUAGGAAAGACAGGAAGUGGAAAGAGUGCCACGGCCAACACCAUCCUCGGGGAAAAGAUAUUUGCUUCAAAGAUUUCUAUCCAAGCUGUUCCCAAGACCUGCCAGAGAGCAUCCCGGAAAUGGAAGGGGAGAGAACUAGUUGUAGUUGACACUCCUGGGCUCUUUGAUACUUAUCUGACCAUGGCUACCAAAUGUGAAGAAAUCAGCCGCUGUGUCCUCUACUCCUGCCCUGGGCCUCACGCCAUCAUCCUGGUUCUGCAGCUGGGCCACUAUACAAAGGAAGAACAGAGGACUGUUGCUUUGAUCAAGGGUUUCUUUGGGGAGGCAGCCAUGAAGUACAUGAUUGUCCUGUUCACCCACAAAGAUGAACUUGAGAGCAGGAGCCUUGAUGACUUUUUAGAAGAAGCAGACAUAGAGCUGAGCAGCCUCAUCCAGGAGUGUGGGAGCCGCUGCCUGGCCUUUAACAACAGAGCAGGGGAGGCUGAGAAGGAAGAUCAAGUGCAGGAGCUGGUGCAGCUGAUAGAGAGAAUGGUGCGGGGCAAUGGAGGGACUUACUUUUCUGACAACAUAUAUGAGGAUACAGGGGCAAAAGUGAACCAAUGUCAAAGGGAGUUGGAGACAAUCUGCUCCAAUCAAUUCAAUGAAUAUAUCAAAAGAAUGAGAGAGGAAACAUUGAUUAAAUUAAAAGAAGAAGAAAGGAAAAAAAUAGAUGAAAUAUGCAGAGAUUAUGAGGAAAAAAUGAGAAAUAUAAGGGCACACGCAGAGGAGAAGGCAGCUAUAGGGUUUUUUAAAUAUAUAUGGGAAAAAAUUGCAAGGUUUUGGAAAAACUUGUGGUCGUAAUGUAAAUUUCAUUUUGUUUUUUAUUAAUUAAAUUUGU